CGAGAGAUGAGAUGAGAUCAAAGAUGUGAGCUGGAGUUUCGUAUAUGCGGGUCCCGCAAAUUCAAUUUUCUGUUUUUACUCUGUGUGGACAUGUUUGGAUUUAACGGUGAGCCGGCUAUUUUAAUAUUAAAAGCCUUCCUUAUUCUCUAACAUCACAUUUCUUUCCUGCAACAAGUGAGGAUAGCCUGCAGAGGCUCUACGCCCUGAAGCAUUGCCAGUGACAGGUUCCGAGUUCGAAUCCGUUUAGCUCAGAUUUGCAAGAUGGUAUACGAAAGUGGAAAUCCUGAGAACUCACCUAAUGUAACACAGGAUAAUAAUUUUAAAAAAAUUGAAGAACCAGAGAAGAAAGAAGGAAAGAAUUAUGAAGAUUGGCUUCCAAUCACAUCAUCUCGUAAUGCAAAAUGGUGGUACUCAGCAUUCCACAAUGUCACUGCUAUGGUCGGUGCUGGAGUCCUCAGCUUACCCAAUGCAGUAUCACACUUGGGAUGGACUCCAGGAGUCAUAGUGCUUGUGCUAUCUUGGAUGAUAACCUUAUACACACUCUGGCAGAUGGUUGAAAUGCAUGAGAUGGUUCCAGGAAAACGUUUUGAUCGAUAUCAUGAACUAGGACAGCAUGCGUUUGGAGAAAAGCUUGGUUUAUGGAUAGUUGUUCCACAGCAAUUGAUUGUAGAAGUGGGAGUAGAUAUAGUGUACAUGGUUACAGGGGGGAAAUCUCUGAAGAGGUUUCAUGACCUUGUUUGUAGUACCUGCAAACCAAUUAGACAGUCAUACUUUAUUGCAAUUUUUGGUUCAGUUCACUUCGUUCUGGCACAGCUUCCCAAUUUCAAUUCAGUGGCUGGAAUAUCCCUAGCUGCAGCAGUAAUGUCCCUCAGUUAUUCCACAAUUGCUUGGGGAGCCUCUGCCCAUCAGGGGCAAAUUCCCGAUGUGGACUAUGGUAUAAAAAGCACAUCCACUGCAGAUGCAGUGUUUAAUGUGUUUAAUGCUUUGGGAGACGUGGCCUUUGCUUAUGCAGGGCACAAUGUGGUCCUAGAGAUCCAAGCCACUAUACCGUCCAAACCAGAUAAACCAUCAAAGGUUCCUAUGUGGCGAGGAGUAAUGGUUGCAUACAUUGUCGUUGCUAUCUGUUACUUCCCUGUAGCACUCAUCGGUUACUGGGCUUAUGGAAACUCUGUUGAGGAUAAUAUUCUACUUACAAUUGGGAAGCCCACAUGGCUCAUUGCAGCAGCAAACAUGAUGGUGGUCAUCCAUGUGAUUGGAAGCUAUCAGAUCUAUGCCAUGCCAGUAUUUGAUAUGAUGGAAACAGUGUUGGUCACCAAACUUGGUUUCACUCCAGGAAUAUGGCUGCGGUUGAUUGUUCGCUCAUCUUAUGUUGCUGCAACUUGUUUUGUUGCUAUAUCACUUCCUUUCUUUGGGGGUCUACUUGGAUUCUUUGGAGGAUUUGCAUUUGCUCCAACAACCUAUUUCCUCCCAUGCAUCAUGUGGCUUGCAAUAUACAAGCCAAAAAGGUUUAGCUUGUCAUGGAUAGCGAAUUGGAUAUGUAUAACUUUGGGAGUUUUACUCAUGACGGUAUCAUCCAUAGGUGGUUUGAGGACAAUAAUAAAGAAAGCAUCAACAUACAAAUUCUAUUCAUAAAUUGUAUAUAGAGAGAGUUAUUGGUACCUUUCACUACACAAUGACAAUAUUUAUUGUUUUUUAAGAAA